UAUGAUCACCGGUAAGGGCGUGAGACACAUUAACACACCCAGUUUUUUUACGCACGCCCUAUCAGUGCUGGCCAGACAGCGCUUCGGCAGCUUGGUAACGUUACCCACUGUAACGUGGCGGCGCAAGUAUUAGAAGGAAAUCAGCAGCUCGUCAUCAACGUUUGGUUUUACUUACGGAAACUCGUUUUUUUCAUAGCCUACAGUUAAUCGUUCUUUUUUGCGCAAAGUUGGAUAACACGCGCUUGGAUACUUGUCACCAUGGGAGGAAGACGCAGAGGCGCACCUGGAGCUGGCGAGGACUACUCCUUUGUCAGUCCAGUUGUCAAAUAUCUACUGUUCUUGUUUAAUUUUAUUUUCUGGGUAAUAUCUCUGGUGAUGGUGUCAAUCGGCGUAUACGCGCGCAUGAUGAAACAUGCAGAGGCAGCUCUGGCGUGUCUGUCAGUGGAUCCCGCUGUAAUGCUGAUGGUCGUGGGGGUCCUGAUGUUCAUCAUCACCUUCUGUGGCUGUGUGGGCUCCCUGCGAGAAAACAUCUGCCUUCUGAACACAUUCUGUAUCUGUCUGACAGUGAUCUUCCUGCUCCAGCUGGCUGCAGGCAUCCUGGGCUUCAUUUUCUCUGAUAAGGCCCGGACUAGAGUGACUGAGAUGAUCAACAAUGCUAUCGUCCACUACAGAGAGGACAUUGAUCUGCAAAACCUCAUUGACUUUGGUCAGAAAGAGUUUGGCUGCUGUGGCGGUGUGACGUACACCGACUGGUCCCAGAACAUUUACUUCAACUGUAAGAAGGACAACCCCAGCAGAGAACGCUGUUCUGUCCCCUUCUCCUGUUGUAUCAUACCCAAAGACAAGGAGGUUAUCAACACAAUGUGUGGCCAGGGCAUGCAGGAGUUGGAGUACAUUAAAGCUGGAGACCACAUCCACACCAAUGGCUGCAUAGACAAAAUGGUGAACUGGAUCCACAGUAACCUUUUCCUACUGGGAGGCAUUGCCCUAGGACUGGCCAUACCACAGCUGGUUGGCAUCCUCUUGUCUCAGAUUUUGAUCAACCAGAUCAAAGACCAGAUCGAGCUUCAGAACUACAACCUCAAGCACCGUGCAGACCCGUGGAGCUAACCCAUGUCAGAUCAGACCAGAUUCUGAUGAACAGCACCAGAAACACGGUGACACCAGGAGAUGGUAGAGGGGGGGGGGAGAGAACCACAAAUGCCUGAAAAACAUCUGUCAUCUCUGGUUGGAUUGACCAAUUGGUAUCAUUGGUCUUGGACUUCUACAAAACAAGACUAGUGAAGAGCCAGCAUGUGGACAAACCAUGAAUGUGCUUUCAAACACUUGGCAUGGAAGUGAAGGACAGUACACAUAAGAGAAACAGGUGGAGAAACAGGACUCUGUCACUACCUACUGGACAUAGACAAUGUUUGUAGUUACCAAACCAUGCAGUAGUUGGUACAAGCAACGUCAUUGUCAUAUUGACGGGAUCACUGGCCUUGACUUAAGAACUGCAAUCAGUAUAAUCUAUUACAAAUCUUUUUUGUGUGUCAAAGACACCAAAUAGGAGUGGGCGUUAAUGCAUGUUUGUGUUUUUAUUUUUUCCACUGUAUCCAUAAUUCUGCAAAUGUUAACUUACUGAAAAGGGAAUUUUUUUUUAAGAACAUGUAUUGAUUUUGUAGACUUUUUCUUUCAAAAUAAAAGAGCGACAGACAGGCUGUCCUAUGCAUUCUCAGCAAUGUUGCUUAUCUAGGAGAUACAUCUUACAUUUGGUUGAGGUUGUUUAUGUUAACGUAUUAGCAAUGCGUACUUGAAAUAUAACUGUGUUUUCCAUUUGUAGUUAAAAUAUGUGUCAAAUAGAAAGGUCAACCUACUUGAUAUUGUUUUUUAAGACAAAGCAUAAGUAAUGCACAUAUGCUAGGUGGUAUGUAGUGUUGUGUACUUUCACAAGCCUAUGAAUGUAUUUAAAAAGUAUUUACCUCUGGGCCCCAGAAAUGCAUGAAUUGACCAUUGUAACAGUACAGUAAAAUAACCAUUUUACUUGAUGGGUUUUAAGGUUUUAAUUGACAAUUAACUGUAAACACUCUCUAUAAUAAAAUGGCCAUGUUAGGCUACUUGGUUUUCUUGCUGAGACCUGACACUGCACAUGAUGUCAUUUCCUCCUCACAUUCUAGCCAGCUCACAGCCUGCAUUUGUCUCCAUAUGCUGCCAUUAUAAGUAAAUGUUUGCCAAA